GGCAACCCCAGACGGCCGCUCCCGCUGAUGUCUCCGAGGGAACGGGCCGCGCCGCCCGCCGCCGUUGUCAGGCGAGCGCGAUAAACGGCCGCUGCGGCCCCGGUGUCGCCAUGGCGGGGCCGCUGCGGGCCGUCUACGAGGGGAAGUUCACCGACAGGUUUCCCGAGCUGCCCGCUGCUGGAAAGUUACUUCCCACUGGCGGAACGGCUGCGAGUUGCUUCACUGAGGUUUUACCCAGGCCCAUUACUCCAACUACUGUGAGAAAGUUUCGAAAUACGACAAAUCCGGCUCCUGGCAUUGAAAGAAUAUUCUACGGCAGAGCAGAUGAUCCUGACAUUGCAGCUCACUUGACACAUGGCAUUGCGUCAUGUUCUUCACUCAGUGCAGCUUCAUUGAUAAAUCCACUUCCUAAAACUAAUUUUCAACAAAAAAUACAAGACAAAAAAGAAGCAAUCUACUUCAGUAAUCGUGAAGCAUCCUUGGGCAGAUCACAUGAUCAAUCUUCUAUGUUACCUGAGGGCUUGGAUAUAAUUAAUACUACAUUUGGAAAAAAAGUCAUUCAAGAUGUGUCAGCUGGAGAACUUAUAAAUCCACCAAAAACUUUUGAGGAAGUGGAUAAAGAAGCCAGAGAAGGACAUGACCUGUACAUUGUGUCACACAAUGAUUAUUAUGUGGGAGAACCAAUAAAUAGGAAAUAUGACUCACCAAACUUCAGCAAGUCUUUUGUUUAUGGAAUAGAAACCCCCCACUUCAAAGAUGGGCGAAGUGUUUCAAAAUCAUUAAAAUGGCUCAAUGAUCUACAAUCGAAGACAGAAGCAAAAAUUGUAUCAAAACAAAGUGAUGGUUUCAAGGGAAAAUUUCAGCCUCAGCUUGGAAAAGGCCUUGAUCCUAUAGCAGAAACUAUGAAAGUUCCCCCAGGCCGUACAUUUGGAAUGUUACUUCGUCCAGAUGAAUAUGGAGUUGGUGAUCUUCUUCACUACUGGGUUCCACAUGAGUUCCUCUGUGGUAAAGACCAAGAGAAAGCUGUCUUGACUGCAGUUCGGCAAAGUUUGAAGAAAGACAACUAUGAGAAUUUUGACAUGUUACUGGAAGCAUUCAGGCAUUAUGAUAAGAACGCUGAUGGAAUGAUAGACAAGGGUGACCUACGGAAGUCCUUUUUUCAGCUUAAUCUUAAUCUAGAUGAUGAGCUCCUGGAUUCCUUAUUUGACUAUUGUGAUUUGGAUAAAGAUGGUCUGAUUAAUUAUCUGGAGUUUGCAAACUUUCUGAACUGGAAAGACAAAAUGGCUAUUAAAGAGUUUGAAGAAAAAAUAAUUACAAAAGGGAAAAAAUUAGAUGCUCCUGUUCUGCCUCAAGACACAAAGAUAAAUGAUGAGCCACUGCUGAAACAGGAAGAUCUUUUGUUAAAAGAACCAGGAAGCUCAGAAAAGACACCAAAAAAGCUUAAAAGAUCAACAGAUCAUGUAUUUGCAAACUAUCAAGCAACUUCUUCGCAGUAUAAUGCUGUAGUAGGUGGUCUCCCAACAACCUGCUAUCCAGUGUGUGGUGUUCCAACUGUUCGUUCAGAUAUUCCUGCUCCUCAAAUUCGCCGCAUCAGUGACAGAACUAAUUAUGGUGAUCAGGGCAAUGCUUAUGCAUUAUUGUUCCCUUCUGUCUUCAAUCAAAAGGGAGUGUAUGAAAGCGAUCUUUUAAAAACAAGACCAAAAGCAGAGAUUGCACAAAUUCUCCACAAUAUUGGUGUGAACAUUUCAGAUGAAAGGUUUGAAGAGCUAUGGAAGCAAGCCUGUAUGAAACACCAGAAAGAAGAGGUUUGUGUAGAAAGCAUCAUGAAUGUACUGGAUGAGAUACAUGGAUCACACACAAAAAAUACUUGCUAAUUUUAGGGUUUGGGAAUUGCAUUUAUUUAAAGUGAUGUCAGUCAUAAUUCUGAUGCUGAAUACAAUGAAUAUUUUCAACAACGUGUAUUUACAGAAAUGGAGUCCACUGUUUUUUCUUUCUUAGUAGUGGGUUCACCACAUAUAUAUGAAUCUUGCUGCUAUCAUUGCAGUUAGUAGGAACGGAUAUCAAUAGGAAUAAAAGAGGAUACGAAAUGUUUGUAAACAGAACGCAAACGUUUAUAUUGUAUUUUUUUUUAGCUUUCUUACAGUGUUUCUAAGACUAAUAAUGCUUUGGACAUAUUUUGCAUUUUUAGGGUUUUUUUUCUUUUAUAAAUGGAAGGACACUUUUGAAAAUACUUAAGAUAAAUGCUUUAGAUAUGCAGGACCUCUUAAAGAUUAUGAUCAUAGAAUGGCACCUUGCCUUGCUUAUAAUAUUGUGUGAUUUCUUGUCAACAAAAUGGUAGCUAACAGAGAUCAGGUUGCGGUAAGUUUUUAAAAGUUUAUGUGAGAAAGUAGUUUACAGUAAGAUACUAAGGAAGCUACGUAGUCAUGGGAUCUAAAGUGUUGUCAUAAAAUAGAUUCUUUGAGAACCAAUGGAUUAAGAAGUGCAAAAAUAAAUACCCAAUUGUGUGGCAGAAGGCUCAUAUUCUUUAUGCAAGCUUAUGGCUAUUUGGUAGUAGUAUUCAACUUCACCCAAAAAAAGAACGCAUAUUUAGAAGUGUAUGUGCACAUUACAUAAAAAACACAGGCUAGGUAGUCAGAAAAGUUUAGGAGGGCUUUCAAAGAGCUAACUGUUCACCUGUGGUCAAUGCAGUUUCUUGGGAAGAGGGAUCUUGAGGAUCAUUAUGGAAAUCUCAGUGAAUAUAUAUGAAGUAUAAACAAUGGAAAGCAAGUAAUACUAAAAUUGGCAACUGUGAAUCGGAAUGUUCACUCCACCUACAGUACUGAGCUUGGUAUAAAACAAAUGGAAAUUGUUUGCUAUUGAUAGUGAGAAUGAUUACUUUUAAAGUUUUCCACAGUAAUUGAACAAUGAAAUCUUAAUAUUCAGGAUUUCAGGAAGGAUUUAACUUUGACACCUGUUGGUGCUUUAAAUACCUUAGUAAGAUUUGAAGGAUGUUGCCAGUCAAAAGUUGUACUGAAUUCUACAAUCUAAGUAAAGAUGCAAUAUAUUUUAAAUACUAGGAACGCAUGUGUAAUAUCAGCUUAAAAGUUUCAUUGUAAUGCUUUACUCACCUCAUUGUUAAGAUUCUUUUGCCAGUGUUCUAGGAACUUGUAAUUUACUAGCUUGUUACAUGAGAUCCACAAAUCAGUUUAUGUUCUUUACUUGCAGUGUGGGCUUUCCUUUGCCCCAGCGUGUGGAAGGGCCCUAGCAGUACGGACAUUGUUUGCCAAAAUGGCAAUAUCCAGAUGAGCUAGUCUCUUACUGUUUGGUGUGUUCAGGUCCAGUUCCUCCAGUGGUUAUUGAUAAAAAUUCUUCUUUAUCAAUACACACUGUAUUAAUGGUACAAUAUUAUUGUAGCUUUAAUAGUAGCUGUCUUACAUGAAGUAGAAAGAAUUUGCUUUCUGGUAUCUCCAAGGGAGCAGGUGGUGGA